UGAGGAUAAUGAGGAUUCCCAGAAUGAAGAGGAUCCCGGCUAUGGUGAGGCCUCCGAUCCGCAGGGAUUGGUAAUCUGCAGGCAGGCGUGUGGAGGGUGAGAGCGGGGAGAGGAGGACAGCAGCCGAUUGGGAAGGUGUGGGCAGGGCAGGAAGAAGGAGGAGAGAAGGCAGGCGAUGAAAAGGGGUAGGGAGGUAGAAAAGGAGAGGAGGCCGCAGGGAGGUGGGCUAGGGUUAGGGUAGGUGGAGGAGGGAAGGAGGAAAGGGCAGGAGGCAGCUGAGGGUGGGCUAGGUAAGACUGGGUCAAACUGAGAGAGACAGUGAGAUCAAACAGAAGCAGACACAGAGAGGGACAACCAGAGAAGGGAGAGGAGGCAGUCAGAGCAAGAGAAAGGACACAAAUAUAAACCAAGAAAACGGGAGGGCAAACCCAGGCCCUCUCUCCAGCUCUCCUCACCAUAGGUGAAUGGGUCGUGUUCCUGUGGUGCUUCUGGAAUGAAACAGAAAUCAGGGGUUAAAUGCUUCUUGGGAUCUUGGACCAGAAAGAGCAGAAGAGCAUGUCAGGGCUGUACCUUCCUGGGCUGAGAAUUUGGGGGUCUGGGACCACAGUCAGGCUGCCCACCCCCUCUGGGUCCUAGCUGUGCCCCUCGUUACUGUCCUGGGUGGGGUGGGCCCAUCUCGCCCCAGCACUCUGAUGUCUUACAGGUUGUCUGCCACUCCAUCAUUCGGUCAGGGAGCCAGCUUCCAUGCCACCCUCUCCUUUGCCUGACCUGGGGCACCUCUCCCCUCAUCUAAAUUCCAGCCUGCGAUUGAACCCCGUGUGGAGACCUCCAAUUUUCUGGUGUUCCAACUGAGUUUAUUUAGGGUGGGGUCUUCCACUCGGUUCCUGAGCUGUGGCCCACCCCCGACCCUCAAGGCCUCCCUUUACUCACCUGCAUUGGCGAUGGUGAAAAGCAGAAAGACAACCAAGACAUCACUGAGGGAUGCCAUCGUUCUGAGAGACAACCAAGGGACAGGCAGUGUCCUCUCACCACCACCGCUGGCUCCAAAGGGUUAAGUCAGAGACAGUCUAAGGACUGAAUCACGAAAGUGUUGGUUACCCAGCUUAGUUGCCUGAGAAACAAGCUUCUCAGAUCGGGACCAUUUCACCAAAGCAACUCACAUAAAGGGGAUCACAUGCAAGGCAACACAGCAAAGUUAGGGGUGAGACACUCGGUCCACAGACAUCUCUCAGGGCCGGGAAUCCCCAAAUGUACCCCAGCAGGUGAGGCAGAAUGCUGCCUCACACAGGUGGAGAGACCGACACUCCAGAGACAGCAGGACACACCCCAGUCCCACCUGCCCCCCAGGAUGGCCUUGCUGCAUCAGGACAAUUGCCGCUCUCCUGCCCUCGAUGCCCGCCCUCUGUCUACUUGACCCUGGGUAUAAAUAUCUCCCACUUCACCCUGGAGGAAUUCGCCUCUAGGGCCACUAUGGCAACAGCUUUCCUCCCCCCACUAGGGGGUCAAGCACAACUCUGCUGGGUGAGGCCCAGCUGCCACAAGGCCAUAGGCUGCCCCUCAGGGCAAGGCCACCCAGCCUACUCUCCUGGGGCUGUGAGAAAAGGGAAAACACUCCCUCUGCCUGCCUCCGUUGACAUCUUUCAUAACUAGACAACACCAGGCGAGUAAAAUGAGGCCCACGCUUGUGGGCCUGGCAGAGAAAAGCCAGAUGCCAGAGCCAGGGACAUACUUGCAAGCUUGCAUGUUCACACACACACACACACACACACACACACACACACUGAGUGGGGCUGGGGUAGAGUCAGACAACACCCUUUCCCCCAACUGCUAGUUGGAAAAAGAUGGGAUGUAGGCACAGCUGGACACACACAAAACCUCCCCAGGUCUCCAGUUUCCCCAGACGGUGACCCAAGCAGAUCUCCAUGUAUUUAAACCCCACGCCCAGCCAGGGGACUCACACAGCAGCGAGGGGAGGAGUCGCACCCUCACUCUCACACGCCUGCAAAGCCCCAGUGUCACCACACUCCUUCUGGGGCUAGGCCCGCCUGGGAAGCACAGGCGGCCUGUCCUGCUCCCAAAAUAGGCUGCCAGGCCAGGGGAGGGAGGAGGUCUGAAGGGAAGGGGUGGGGAACGCUCACCCCAGUCAGGCUGUUCCCUGCUGAAAGAAGGCCCCCAAAUGUCCGGCUGUGCCCCUGAGGGCUGAGCACUUUGGACCCCCUGGCCCAGUGCUGGAUGCGCCACCCUGGGCAGGCUCCCCUCCUGGCCCCACCCCACCCCUACCCUCCCUAACCAGCAGCUGUAACUGGAGCCCAGGCUGGAGGGGGGCCAGGGGGCGGCCCCCAGCCCAGCCCGCCCAAGCCUGCUGUGUUAACUCUCUCAGCUCAUACUAAGGAACAGCAGGCAGGGAGCGCAAGCACGCACAGACACACACACACACAGACACACACACUUACACACACACGCAUACCCUCACCUUGGCAAAGAGUCCUGAGCUGGGGCAGGGCAGUGACUUUUGCACUGCUCCCUGGGAGUUGGGCCCAAGUGGGGCCUAAGGUCAGGCAGCCCAAGUGCUUAGGAGCCCACUCACCCCUGACCUCCAUAUUCCAUGAAACCUUUGACAGUACUGUAGGGCUGUUUGUGAUCAAGGGUGGGGAGUUCGUGUGUAUGCAUCUGUGUGUGUGCUGUGUGCUGCUGACUAGAGUUCCACCAGGGAUGCACCACACACACACACACACACACACACACACACACACAGCUGCAGAGAAACUCAGACACAGGCACACAACUAGCAUGUCUCAUACCAAACACAAAAGACAGAGGUAAACAGGUCUGUGUACAUGCACAUCCCCACACUGACGGAUUUCUAUACAGACACUGAAAGCUACACAUCCGUCCACUUUUACAAACAGAAACAAAGAUACAUAUUUUUGUGAAGAUGUGUUCACCAAUGGCCCUACAGAAAUACACAGGACACAUAAAGGCAUUCAAAGACACAGACAUAGCUAGCAAAGACCUUGUGUACACGCAGAGCACAUUCCAUGGCCACACAGAAGCUGAUAGUGUCAAGGAGUCUACUGUAUAGCCAGCCACUCUGUCCCAGAGCCUCCACACACAGACAUACACUGCACUCACACCUCACGCACGGGCAGACAGCACACGGCUGACCACACAAUCGCAGGCACAACAGUCCAACACGCUGGGCUCACACUCUAGAACCACAGAGACAUGUUGAACCCUGAACUUUUCUCUCCCUGAGCUUCUGUGGCCCUAUGAAGAAAACAUUUCUGGUGUCCUCCUGCAUAGGCCCUGGUGACAGAGAAACCUAAGGUCAGGAUUGGACUUUGCACUCCUGAUUGUGGAAUCUUGGGCAGCCGUUGGGACUUCUUUGUCCUUUAUGUUCUUGGGUUAUAAAAUGGAGAAAUAGUGAAAAGCAUACGCAUACCCCUGGCCCAUCUCAGAGGUCUCUGAACUUGACAUUGUCUUAACAGCUCCAUGCUAGAGAUAGAAGCACUGAGGUUUAGUCAAAAGGAGCUAAUUCUCGAGAGCUCCCCCUGGCGGAAAGCGAUAGAAAUUCCCCCACACUUAUGUCAAAAGCCUGCCCAGAUACCACAGUCUGCAGGACAGAAUCAAGAGCACACGCCCAGGUUCACACUCAUGUGUGGGUAAUACACAUACACACACACGUGUGCCUGGUCUCAGAAUGCUGUCAGCUUCCAAAGGCUCCCAUAUCUCUGUGUCUGAGCCCUCUCAGCCUCUGCCCCCUGUGGCCCCGCACCCCAGGGUCACCAGCAGUCCCUGGUUAAUGAUAACCCUUCUGUUCAUGCAGCACUGGGGAGGGGGGACAGAGCACAACAAGGAGGGGCAUCUGGCCAGCUCUUGGCUGAUCCAGCUUCCUUCCCUGAUGGAUCCAGCUCUGAAGCAUUAAUGGUUCCCGGGUGGAAAAGCUUAGGGCUAUACAGCUGCUUCAUGUUACCAGUGACUUAACCUCUCUGCCACUCAGCUGCUCCCUUUGUAAAAUGGAAAGGAAAAAAGUAUCCACCUCAGAGGGAGGUGGGGUGAUUACCCGAACAGUCUAGAGCAAUGAGAACAAAACCUGGAAUACAGUAAAUGAUUUUUUAAAAUUAAUUGUCUAGCAGGGCAUGAUGGUGCACGCCUCUAAUCCCAGCACUUUAGGAGGCUGAGGCAGGAGAAUCACAAGUCUGAGCCCAGCCUGGACAGCCUAGCGAUUUAACGAGAACCUGUGUCUAAAUAAAUAAAUAGAGCAGGGAUGUAGCUCAGUGCAAAGGCCCUAGGUUCAAUCCCCAGUACUGCGAAAAAGAAAGCUGUCGUCAUCAUCAAGGUUGCCCUUCUCACACACACUGGAGGGAAGACACCGCUGGGCCAGGUGUGUUGUCAGUGUGGUCUCAGGCCUGUCUUUGUCUUCUCUGUGUCUCUGGCAUCAAGCUCUUUAUUUGCACUUUCAAAGGCCCCAUAAAGACUUUUAUCACACCUGCUUUUCAGCUGGGGAAGCCGAGAGCCAAGGAGCCUGGCUCAAAUCACAAGCUGUUUGGGUGCAGGACUAGGACCUGGAGCCAGAGUUUGGCCCCAAACCUCCUGACCACUUCGGGGUACCCACUCUGUGCUGAACCUCAAGGCGAUGCAUUAAUCAUCACACUGAAUCCUCUCUUCAAACUGGAAAGUGGGUGUUAGGAAUGCGCCCGUUUAACAUGUGGGAAAAAUGAGGACCUGAGGCCAAACAGGACUGGGCUGGACCCUGGAUCUCUACCUCCUGGUUGGUGCUGUUAAACCUCCAAUCCUCCAAGUCUUUGUGGGUGUGCCCCCCAGGGCAAGAGAGGCCGUAUGUGUUCCUGGGUCUAGGGUGUGUCUCUUGAUCCCAGGCGAUAGGGGCACCAUGAGACUAUGUAACCUCCUUGUGCCUCAGUUUCCCCAUCUGUGAAGUGGGCAUAGUAAUACCACCCAUUUCACAAGGUUUCUGCGAUUACUUAGUUCAUGGUAAGACAGGCUUGUUGUAAGUACUCAGGAAAUAUUACUAGGUCACAUUGGGAAACCAGUUUCAGUUUUUGUAUUCUUCAUAUUUCAUGAACAGCCAAUUAUUCAUGAAUUCUGAUCUCCAAAGAAAGAAACAAAAUAACAUGGAGAGAUCCUGGAACCAGCAGCCUGGGUUUGAAGCCUGGCUCUGCUGCCAGCUGGAUCUCGUGGAGCUCAGGUUGCUUGAUUUCUGUCCUCAGUUUCUCCAGCUGUAAAACAGUGAUGAGAAUAGAAUGGAGCCCGGAGGGCCGUGGUGAGAUGAAAGUCAGUAAGUAACGCUGAGGCACAGAGUCGUGCUGAAGAAAGAGGUGACAGCAUUGUGGUUGUGUAUUUCCUGGGGCUGAGUCUCAGUGCCAAAUGUGCUUGGGCUUUUGAAGGGUUAAUCUCAGGGGAGAGGAGGAACGUCCAGCAUUUGGGGCAGGGCAGUGGUCCUUCCAAGGGUGGCCACCAGAGGGAGCAGCUGGACCUGAGCUGGCCCCUCCAAGCCUAGGGGGACAACAACCACCACACCCUCCGGAGCCUGGGGAAGGAGCUGGCCGGGAGUGGCCAGGACGGCCCUUCAGCCCCAGAAGCUUUUCCUCCCACCCCUCCUCCAGUCUGCACAGCCAUCCAGCCCCCCCCCCCAGUGACAUCCUGGGCAAUCUGGGGAGGGGGCUGGCUGGGAGUGGCCAGUGUGGCUCCAGCCCUGGGUGGCCCCUCCCCGUCCCGAAGAGCCGUUCAGUCCCUUCCCCAGGGCUGCUCUUCCUAUGGCCUCUGACCCCCUCCUCCUUACUCCACUCUGCCUGGCACACCCUGGGCCCAGCACGUCCCUUUCCCAAAUCUUCAGGGAAAAGGGGCGUGGGAGAAGGCAGAGAGUACUGGGCUCUGGAAGAGGGGGCAGGGAGCUGAGAAAUAGACACCAGGCAAAGGCACACACACACACACACACACACGCACACACACACGCACACACACACGCCAACAGAGACCUAAAGAGACAGAGACAGGGAAGCAGAAACAAAGAUAGAAACAGGGAUCAAGAUCGAGAGGGAGAAACAGACUAACAGGGAGGGAGAGGCAGCAAGACAGGGAGAGAGAAAGAAAAUCAGGCACCAGAGAGGUGGAGGGAGAAGGGCAGGCUGUGAGCGCCAGGGAGCCAGGGCAGAGCUCCCUGUGGCAGAUGCAGGGGCGCUGGGCACAGGAGAUGUAGUGGCCCCGGCAAAACUGGGUCUGAAUCAAGUGGGGGAGGGGCAUGGCAGGGACAGGGACUCUGCUGCUGCGGCUGCUGCUUCUGGCUGGGGCUGGAGUGGGGGUGGCCUGGAGACCCCCCAAGGGAAAAUGUCCUCCACGCUGCUCCUGCUCCAAGGACAGCGCCCUGUGUGAGGGCUCCCCGGACCUGCCUGAGAGCUUCUCCCCAACGCUGCUGUCACUCUCACUCGUCAGGACUGGAGUCACCCAGCUGAAGGCCGGCAGCUUUCUGAGGAUGCCAUCCCUGCACCUGCUCCUCUUCACAUCCAACUCCUUCUCUGUGAUUGAGGAUGAUGCAUUUGCCGGCCUGUCCCACCUGCAGUACCUCUUCAUCGAGGACAACAGCAUUGGCUCCAUCUCCAAGAACGCUCUCCGAGGACUGCGCUCGCUCACACACCUAAGCCUGGCCGACAACCACCUGGAGGCCCUGCCCAGGUUCCUGUUCCGAGGCCUGGAGACCCUGACCCACGUGGACCUCCGCGGGAACCCGUUCCAGUGUGACUGCCGAGUCCUCUGGCUGCUGCAGUGGAUGCCCACCGUGAACGCCAGCGUGGGGACCGGGGACUGCGCGGGCCCCACCGCCCUGACCCACAUGCAGCUCCGACACCUGGACCCCAAGACGUUCAAGUGCAGAGGAAUAGAGCUGUCCUGGUUCCAGACAGUCGGAGAGUCAGCACUGGGUGUGGAGCCCUUCUCCUACCAGGCAGAGCCCUACGUCGUUCUGGCACAGCCCUUUGCAGGCCGCUGCCUGAUCCUCACCUGGGACUACAGCCUGCAGCGCUUCCGGCCCGAGGAGGAGCUGUCAGCGCCCUCAGUGGUGUCCUGCAAGCCACUGGUGCUGGGCCCACUGCUGAGGCCCAACGACGCUGAGAUCCUGUGGCUGGAUGAGCAGCCCUGCUUUGUGGUGGCCGAUGCCUCCAAGGCGGGCAGCACCACGCUGCUGUGUCGCGACGGGCCUGGCUUCUACCCCCGCCAGAGCCUGCAUGCCUGGCACCGGGACACAGAUGCCGAGGUCCUGGAGCUGGACGGCCGCCCCCACCUGCUGCUGGCCUCUGCCUCGCAGCGCCCGGUUCUCUUUCACUGGGUCAGUGGCCGCUUUGAGAGGCGCACGGAUAUCCCUGAGGCUGAGGACGUCUAUGCCACACGCCACUUCCAGGCCGGUGGGGAUGUGUUCCUGUGCCUGACGCGCUACAUCGGGGACUCCAUGGUCAUGCGCUGGGAUGGGUCCAUGUUCCGCCUGCUGCAGAAACUUCCCUCACGCGGCACCCACGUAUUCCAGCCGCUGCUCAUCGCCAGGGACCAGCUGGCCAUCUUGGGGAGCGACUUUGCCUUCAGCCAGGUCUUUCGCCUUGAGUCAGAAAAUGGGCUCCUGGAGCCACUGCAGGAGCUGGGGCCCCCGGCCCUGGUGGCCCCCAGAGCCUUUGCCCACAUCAUCUUGGCUGGCAGACGCUUCCUAUUUGCAGCUUGUUUCAAGGGCCCCACACAGAUCUACCAGCAUCACGAGUUGGACCUCAGUGCCUGAGACCGGACAGGACCUCAGCAGCUGGGACUGACACAGGGAGCCUCGGGCGUCUAGAAGCCCUCUUAGCUGGCCUCCUGGCCCCAGCCAGUCCUGUGAGAUACUGACCACAGGCCAAGUUCAGCAGCCACAGGUCCAGACUUUAGCCCACCUCUUGGAGGAUCUGGGCCGACUGGGGUAGGUGGAAGGUCACAGCCGCCGGACCUUAUAAGCUGACCUUCCAGUGUGGCACAGCAUCCCAAGUGACUUGAGAGCUCAGCCUGAGGCACCGCAGGGAGCAGGAAUACAGAAAUCAAAGUGUAUGGGGUGGGGCGGGGGGUGAUGUGCAGAGCUCUCGCGACGUCUGGAGGUUAUCCUCUAGGUAUCUUCCCAUCUGCAUGCUCCCUUUGAAAGUUGGGCUGAGAGCCUAUCUUUCCCCUCCAAACUCAGUCUGGCCAAUCGCAUUCAUGGAUAAGUGCCCACCUUCACGACGUCACAGCCGCUAGGCAGUUUUUCCUGCCAGACCCAGUAAUUUCCUCUGCUGUUUGUGCGCAUGUCUGCUGCCCGGAGCAAGUGCGCGUUUCCUCCCUCUUGCGCAUGCGCCUGCUUGGGUGGCGGGUGAGUGAAAGUGGGGAAAUGAGAGGCGCCGCGUGAAGCCCCGUCUGAAGGACGUCGGGGACAAAGAGAUAGUAUAUGAACUCAAUAAAUGCACUGCACCCGC